AUUUUAAGUCAAAAUAAUUCAAGAUGGCGAGAGCCAGCUUGUCGUAGUAGAGGUCAACGGGAUUUUUAUUUUAUACUAUUUAUUAUAAUUUUAGGAUUUGAAUAAUUUCAAUAAAUUAAUUAUUGUGAAACAUAGACAGUGUAUGAAUAACACAAAAGUGAUGGUAUUCAAACAAUUGCUUUUGAAAAAUGACUAAAUAGCUGGAAAAUAUUUACCUGUCAAAAAUUUGUAAUUAGAUUUUUCUUGUUCUUUUUUGAAAAUAAGCAAUACAAUUUUAAAAACGUACAAAUUUAAUAAGAUAUAUACAAGAAGUUCAUAUCAGAAACAUGGAGGCUAUGCAAUAUGAAACAGCUCGAAAUAUGACCCUUUUAUUCUUUUUUGAACGACUAUUAGAUAAAGGAGAACCAAGAACUCUACACGACUUGAGCUGUCAAUUUGGUUCUAAAGGAUUUACCAAAGAAAUGCGACAAAUCGCUGGUGGAAGCCAAAGUGGCCUUAAAAAAUUUUUGAGCCAGUAUCCUUCUUUAUUUUGUAUGGAUAAUGACUAUGUUACUGUUAAUACUUUUCAACAUAGUAGCAGCAAAGACAGUCAAGGGAAAGAUUAUACUACGCAAGCUGUGGAGUAUUUUUCUGAAAAACUGGCUCAAUAUGGUGAAGGAACUGAAGUGCCUAUUCGCAGCCUUUUGGGACACCGUUCCCAAGCAAGUCCUGAAGUGCGUCAUGUCUCAGGACAACAUUUUCAUGAAUUUAGAGAUUUUCUCUUCAAACAUCCUGGUACAUUUAUGGUAGAUGAUGAAAAAGAAACUGUGAUUUUAGCAAAUUUUGAAUCCGUUAAGAGUCACUGCCCUCCAGAGUUACAUUUUCAACAUGAUGUUAAAAUUGAUCCACAAGAAACUCAGGCUUUGUUAGAUUUUCUGGCACAGUGUAUUGAGGUCAAAGGUCCGGUAUUAGUGGAACAACUCUUUCAAAUAGUCAGCUGCAACCUUCCCGAAAGUAUGUGGACGAAUUUAUUCAACACUCCAACUCAACUUAUGAGUUUUUUGAGACUUUUUUCAGACAGUUUUCAUAUACAUUCGAAUUUAGUAACUUUGAUUCAACCACCCAAAAUUAAUCAAAAACAUAUGUCAGCUCAAGUUAAUCUUAUGAAGGAAUAUAAAAGAACUAAUGAAGAAAUGAAAAAUGCCAAAAAUCUGUCUAUAGAUGUUUGCAAUGAUGUUAAAACAGAUAAGGUCGAAAGAAUCGAAAAACGUGAAAAACCCUUAACUCUCCCCAUGGAAGGAAUAGAAAUAAGCGAAAAAUAUCCAUCUGCUCCGAUGGAAAAGGAUAAUAUACAAUUAUCUCCUAGAUCUAUAAGUGAUAGAUUGAAACAACCUAAAAUUCAAGCGAAAUCUAUGAGUCCUGAACCCCCAACUUCUCCUGUACCACCUGCAGUGUCAUAUAUUAAAAAUGAAGAUAAAAGUAAAGUUAAUUUUAAAUUAGGAAAUCCUAUUAAACAGAAUUCGAAUGAAAAUCAAAACGAUCGAACAGUACUAUCGCCUACUUUCCAGAAACCUUCCAUUAAAUCAAAUUCUACAUAUAAUCAAAGCUUGAAACAACGUAUAAAUACUCUCGUACUAAAAACUUUACAAGAAAAUACAGGUAGAGAACAACGACAAAGUAUGAUGAAUCAACAUAUAACACACACCGAUAGUUGGAAAACAAGACUUUUCCAGAAUACCAGGGUAAUUUGUACGACGAGAGAGUGCCAAUUGGUUAUCAAUGAUAUAAUGAAUAAAGAAGAAAAUAAUAAAUUUGAUGAAACUUGGCCUUUCACUGCAGAUAGGAAGGUGGUGGCUUUUGAUUGCGAAGGUAUCAAUUUGGGUGUAAAAGGACAACUAACUUUGAUGCAAGUUGCAACGAUGACCGGCUUUGCAUAUGUAUUUGAUUUAAUAUCCUGUCCUGAGAUGAUCGAACAUGGACUUAGAAGACUACUGGAAUCUAACGAAGUUAUAAAGGUUGUUCAUGAUUGUCGAAACGAUUCCGUGAAUCUCUACAACCAGUUCAACAUAAUGAUGCGAAUGGUAUUUGAUACGCAAGCUGCACAUGCUAUUUUAACUUACCAAGAAACGAAUCGACCCGUAUAUAAAGCUAAAAGUAUAGCUUUGAACGCGCUUUGUGAAUGCUAUGGCGCUCCUAUUAAUCCCAUGAAAGAUCAAUUGAAAACAAUUUACAGGAGGGAUCAGAAAUAUUGGUCGAGACGGCCUCUAAGCAGAGAAAUGAUACUGUAUGCAUCUGCCGACGUUUUGAGUUUGACAAAUGAAAAGAUAUAUUAUCAAAUGAGUAAAAACAUAAGACCAGAGAAUAGGGAAUUGUUGUUAGAACUUUGUGAUGAGCAGUUACAAAUGCACAUAUCACCGGAUAGUGUAAAAAUGAAAAAGCGUCAGAGAAAAACUGAAACUGAAGUGAUGGAACUUAGGACGAAAUUGGCUCAAGCAACUAAAAGCGUUGUUUUAAGCAAUAGAGAAGUUAGACUGCUUAGGUACAUAGAAUUAACAGAUGACGAAAAAGAGAAGCUCAAAUCUUCUGCCAAGGUAGCAAAAAAAUUAGAAAAAUUGGAAAGUUUAGGUCAGGAUCGUGAAGGAGAUAGUUCAGAAGAAGAUGGAGAUAAUGAUCAAGAUUAUCCUAGUUUGGACAGCGAUAUGACGUCGCCACGUAAUUCCGAGCCUACUAGUCUAACAGAAUCAAUGCAAAUGGUCGAUACAAUAUUGAAUGAUAACAAAUUAGAUCGAAUCGAUAAAAUAGAAAAAUUAGAAACGAUACUCAGUAACGCUGCCAUAUUACAAAAUGAUAUAGAAUCUGAAAAGUGUACUUGUAGUUGUCAUUGUAAAUUGAAUAAUGGGUAUAAGCAAGACCGCGUUGUAUCUCCUACUAAUGAAUACGUUAGUAGCGUUAAAGAUGAUGAUGACGGUAUGGUCAAGGCGAAUCAUUCUAAUAUAGGCACACAAACCCUUAGCACCGGUGAUAUAGUCGUCACCAAAAUAUUUUUUAACGAAUCUACCGAAUGAAAUACGAGGAUACGUUAAUUUUUUUUAAUUUAAUUUUCGUAGUGAAAGCACUAGGUAAUAGUUCGGACUUAUAUCGGUAAUUGACAUUAUUAAAAUUUAUUAUUGCAUUGAAGAUACCCCUAUAAAAAUACAUGCACUAUAUUUCUCAAAAAAAACCAUGAUGCUCAGUUCAUUUAUAGAAAUUUUUUGUAGCAAAAAAAUGUUGGGAGGUUUAAAUAAUUGUUUUUUUAUUUUUGCAAUAAAAUUUUGUUGAGCCUCCUUAUAUAAAUUGGAAUAAUAUAAAAUCCAUGUAGUGUUUUUGAUGAAAUAAAUUAAUUUUAGUAAAUAAUGUCAUAUCCUUGCGGUUUUUAUCAACUAUUACUUGAAUAAUGUGUGGUAGAUACUUAUUGCCCUAGGGUAUUAAGACUGCUUCCUCAUUGAUUAAUUCUCUCCUCUUAUUUCCUGUCUCUUGUCAUUUUUAGAGGUGAUUUUUAGUCUUAAUCUGUUUUGAUCUUACCCUCUUGUACUUUUGUGUCUAUAUUUUCUCUAGAUAACUCAGUGGACUUUUUUUAUCAGUACCUUUUUGACCAUUGUUUUAAAUACUUACAUAAUUUGUGAAAAUUACAAAUAUUAAUAUUCUUAUUUGCCCUUAAAGCCUUUCUUUUCUGACAUAUUUUCUUCUUGGAGUAACAAUUUUUAUAUUGCCUUUUUUGAAUUUCAAAAUCUUGUUACAUAUCUGAUUCAUUAAACUCCUCAAACAUUGCAAUGAUUAUCUCCUUAUUAAUAAAAAUGCAGGCAAUAAUAAUGUCAAGGUAAUAUCGCAGGUAAAAAUAUAAAACAUUAAACAUUGAUAUUAAAUAACCAUAAAAUAAACAAUAAUAGAAAAAUAUAAUGAAUAAUAAAUCAGCUUAGUUUGUCUAUUCAAUUUUAUAUAGUACAGGAAAGCUUAAAGUAAUAAAUCAAUUAUUGUGUGCAUAAUUUCAAAAAACUUCCCAAGCACGUUAUUUGAAGAUUCCAAAUUGAUGUGAACGUGAAGAAAUGAUCCCUAUCUUUAAACCGCUUCAAAUGACAGGUACAUCCUCUAUUAUUUUAUGUACAGAAUUCAAAAUAAUGACUUUUUUCUGUUCAGUUUUCAUUCACUCUAUAUAGUAGUUACCACUAACGGACAGUUUAAUUAUUUUACUCUUUGUGUAUUGAAUGUUUGAAAAUAGUUUCUUCGAUGUAAUUUUGAAUUAUAAAUUAGACAAAAUCAAAUUGUUUUUUGUAUUUCCAAUUUCAGUUAUCGAUAUUUGUCCGUUCUUACGUUAACAAUACAAGGUAAUUUGUAGUAUGAAGUUUUUAUUCAAGUAACUAAUGCUCAAUAACAAUCUUUUUUAUUGUUUUAGAUGAAAUUUUAUAAAUAUUUUAAUAAAGAAUCAAUGACAUACGUACAAUCGUACGAAUAAUCCAGAAAUCAGUGACAAUUGAUGCUUGAGACUGGAACUUUGAAUAAUGCUUUUCCCAAAGUGAUUCGAGGACCUUCUAGGUGACAUUAAGAGAUUUUAUAGGGUCUAUACACGAUCACUACUGGUGAAAAAAGUUGAGAAAACUCCUUUUUAUACAGUUGUGUAGUGUAAUGUAGGGGCCGUGCCAAUGCUUAACAGUCAAAAAGCAUUAGUAUGGUGGUUUUACCACUAUGCAAUUUAUUAAUUAGCAAUUCAUCAAAUAUAAUUAUUGUUAUUGCAAGUUUACAUGAGUAGUCGAUGGGUUUUACCCCAGCAAUUAUAUUUUUUUAUAUGCUUUGAUAGCGUUGAUCGAGGUCCCAAAAACUCUCCCAAAACAAGUUCCAUCCUCAAGCCUAAGACCAUCCUUCACUUUAUUAUCAUUUGCUUCUUUUCAACUAUAAAUUUUGGCUUAGAUCUAUUUUGUUUUCUACUACAUUGUAUGUUGUCUUAAUAUUUCAAACAAUGUAGGUGGAAUUUAAUAUUUUAAUUGCUUUAUUAUAUUUUAUUGAAAUAGAAAGUUUUAUAAGAAAUUUGCAACACCAAAUUGGACGUAGUUAUGUCUAGAAAAAUUAAUAUUACAUGGAAUUGUCCAAUUUCUUAUACACAAAAAAACUUUACUUAUAUAUAUAUAUAUAUAUAUAUAUAUAUAUAUAUAUAUAUAUAUAUAUAUAUAUAUAUAUAUAUAUAUAUAUAUAUAUAUAUAUAUAUAAUGUAUAUUACAAUAUGAAUAUGUAACAUUCUUUCGGCGCUACGAGACGAAGCUCAGGUAUGAGGAUUGCCUCAUUUAUCAGUUUUUUUUUCCUGAUAUGCUCCACUUGCUCGGGGCAGCUUCAAUGAAGAAUAUAAAAUACUCCAGGGGUCAGUAUGAUGAUGACGAAUAUGCUGAAGUCAGUUGAACAGAUUUUACUUGCAUAACUACGUCCAUUAGUGGAUAUUUAUAUUUUUUUUUUCGGCAAUAAUCGGUUUGUUUUUCUACAUUCCACAAAUGAUAUUUGAAAAUAGUGCCUUUUUUGAUUUACUUAUUGUGAAAUUUAUGCCUUCAAAUAAUUUGUUUUGCUAAUAGAAAAUAAACAUGACGUUUAUUAUGUUGGGACAUUUUCGGAUGAAAAACUUCCUUCCUAGAUUCUUUGUAUUCUAAUGCGAUAUUAACUAUGGAGAGAUGUUCAAAUAUCACCUUCCAACUUAGCAAACUUCGUAUAGUUCUUCCAUUUACAAUUGCAGAAGUUUAAAAGAAGCUUAAAUAAAGUAGUAAAAAUGGAGAUUAUUACUUUUAGUUAUUGAAGUAUUUUUAAAAGAUAAGUUUAUAGCACUAUCAGUAUAAGAACACCCUCUUAAAUUUUUAACUGGAUACAAAUAAAUAUGAUAAGGAAAAAGUAGAAAAAAAUAACAUAUCUAUUAGUAUGAUGGGUGAAUGUUAUUUGAAUAUUUACCAGAAUGUCUGGAAGGAAUGAAAACAUGUCAUUGGGAUUUUAUUACACUACUAAUGAGCACUUGGAGUACAUCUCAACAUAUACUGUUGAGGUUGAGUUCAUGGACUUUAUAUUCAGUACAGAGUAGUACCAGUCGUGAACUGAGCUCUUUUUGAAUCUCGUUCGUUAUUUUUUAGAAAACCAAAUUCCAAAUUAAGAAUUAUAAAGAAAUGCUUUGUAACAAUCAAAACUCAUAAUUAUACAUAAAAAACAAUGAUUUUUCAAUUUUUAUAGGACUAGUUUGAAUUAGAAACCAAACUGAACGCCAUUUUGUGUUCUUAUAAGUUUUCAAAGAUGAACUUUUCAGGCCAUUUAACUAAUACUAUAACUAUAAUAUUCAUGUUAAUUAAGUUCCUUUAAAUGUAUAAGGGUAGUGAGCACUAUUUUUCGUUCCGAUAUUUAGCAUAUAAAUUCAUGUUAGCAAAGUGAAUAGUUGAUUACUCCUCGUACAGAUGUAAUUCUAAAUGGAACAACUGUACAGUCGAUUUUUACACUAACUGUAUAAAAUACUGAAUUUUAAUUAUUAUAGACUGUAAUAAAUAUAGUUAGCAAGGUUGGGCGAAUAAAAUAAUUGUUGUACAUAUAAUUUUGUUUUUUGAAAUUUAUUAUUUCUCUGUUAACUAGCAAUUUCAAUUUUUUCGUUGUAACAUAAAACAACUGAUGAUAAUGAAUGAUACAACUUGAUGUGUUAACAGUAGCGAGAGGCACUGCGUUCGUAACAUGUUUGAAGAUAACAACUGUCAGUGGCUAGCGCAGUUAAUUUCGUUAUUGUAUAGCAAUAGAUAUUAUUUAGUAAUACUUUUUUGAUGAAUAAAAUAAAUAUACGUUGUGUUUAUAGCUUUACAAUAAUCAAUUCUUAACUGACGAAAAUUUUAUAUAAUAUAAAGUACAACCUCUUUAAUCCAAACAGUGUAUUUUAUAGGAUUGGCCGAAGUUAUCGUCCAAUUAAAAGGGAAUAAACCGCAAAUACCAAACUAACGGUUACCCUGCAUAUUUCGAGAGAUUCCCCCCCAAGCAUCAAGGAUUUAUUUUCACAUGACACAAGGAAAGGCAACUAUUGAAAACUUUCUAUUAGCCAAACUAGAUAUAUAUUACUUUUUCGCUGUGCAUUCGUCCCAGUUAUUAUUUGGUAAUAUUAAAAAACAAAAUAAUAUGAUAUUGUGUAGACAUGUAGUAUUUGGAUGUUUAAAAAUUAUAACUCGAGUUUAUAAGAUACUGAGUGUUACCGUCCAUUUCCCCACCUUUUCAAGAAUUGCGUCUUGAGAUUUUAUGAUUGCGGUGUGGUUACCUUAUAAUUGAAUUGUUUCUACGUAUACUUUGUUGAACUGAUGAAUAAUGAUGAUAAUUUUCACCCUCACCCGUCAUUUUUAGUGGUUAGUUAAAGUUUAAACACACUAGAAGUAAAAAAGUCUAGUAACGGCAAACAAGUUCAGUUUGGAUGUUCGGAUUAAAGAGGUUGUACUUAGUUCACGUUUUUAUUAUUUUUUUUAUCAAAGCAAUAUAUUUAAACUUUAAUAAUCGUUUUAUAUCACAAUUACAAUGGAUGAAAAGAAUGUGUAACUUUAAAGUAGAGAUCAGUUAAGUUUAAAUAUCUAAACAAAAGUUUUACUGUCAAUUAAACAAGUUGUUUAUUUUUAGUAAAGUGCCCAAUGUGGUUGAGGUUUACAUAAAAAAAUACUUUUAACAAAUUAAAGUAACCGUUUUAAAUAUACAUGUGUCCAUUAAACAAUAAUUUUUGUAUAUAAUACCAAUAUGAUAUGUUAAUUCAAAUCUACUAAAUAUCUAAGAUUUAGGAUUUUAUUAGAUUUAAAUGGGUUCCCUAUAAUAUAAAUGUAUAUUAAAAAUCUAUAUCUCUACUUUAAAGGUUACUUUUAUGAUAUAAUAAUUGAAAAAAUAAUAAUUUCAUUAUUAUACGUUACAUUUAUAUUAUUUAUUUAUUUAUAUUGUGAUUUAUUGAUUAAUAUACAAAAAUAUUUAAGAAGAAACUGGAAAAUAAUUUUGUAAUUGUAUGAAAAUAUCAAAAAUAAAUUUAUUUAAUUCAGCUAGUACUUAUCAACAGUCACUGUUCUUGAAUUUUUUAGUCCAAUUGUCAUUCGACUAAAUACUUUUCUCUGUACUUGCUAUUCCAAGCUCUAUUUUUUGCUAAUUUUUUCGCAAAUUAAGGUAAUUGUCACCAAAAUCAUCAUUCGGGGCUUGAAAAGUACCUGGGCGUUGCUUGUCUUCAUAUAUUUACAUGUUCUACCACCGAUUGAAAAAACCCUCAUGCAUGACAACAUUAAAAGAGUUGAUUCGAUACAAAUUAGAACUAAAAGGUCAAAUACGAAAUAUAAAUACUAUGAAAUUGACAUCACUUGUAAGGAAGACGAAGUAAGAGGAUAAGUAGCUAGAGCAAAAGGUCGUGGGAUGUGUAUGCAACGUUGUAUGACGGAACAAACACCUAAGACGAAUUUAUAAAGCGACAAUCAGGUUUAUGCAUCAAAAACGAAACCAGAGACCAAAGAAACAAUGGAAAUAACAUCUAUGUCGAAUUGCAGAUGGUAAAAAUGGCAAGGGAUAAAUCUCCAAUUGGAAAAAUGUGGAGUAACAACCUAGAGGAAAGAUAUCCGACCAUCUUGUCAGAACUCCUUCCUUCUAUCUAAAAUGGUUAAAGGAAAGAUUGGGAAUCUACUAGGCCCUCCUCAAGUAGUAGCAAAACUUAAUAUACUAAAAAAAUCCUGUAAUCUAAAAUUGUUAGUUUUUUUUAAUGACACCGAUCUCGGGAUGUUUUUGCUAUUUUUUGCGCAUUAGUUAAGGAGCUAUCCAUGUUCAACAUUUGUUUGUGUGCCUGCUGGCCCAAUCCAUAACCUUCUUGAUUUCUUCAUAGGUUACUAUUUAUACCUAUAUUCUAUAACCAGUUUUUUCAAGGCCUCUGGAGUGUCACCCUAGCCAUAAGGUUCGUUCUUACGAAAUAAGGUAGAUUGAUUAGACUUUUUUUAUACAUACAAGAGUAUAAGAAAAUGAUCUACAUUUUAUUGCUAGUUUCUUCCUUUUUGUUUUUGUAAUUUUUUAAAAUUGAUAUUAUACAUAUCUACUAAUAUACACUUAUUUGUUUAGACAUAUUUCCAGAUAAUUUUAUUGUAGAUGCCAUAUUUACUAAGCAAUAUAUUUAUUAUUUCAAGCUGCUACUAGAAAACUGAAAAUUUAUUAUAGUAUGUCGGUCAAUUUAUGAAAUAUUAAAUCUAGUGAUACAAAAAAAUCAGCUGUGGUAAUACUUCAGCCAAGAAAACCAUUCGAUUUCUUAAAUAUUAUUUGCGGAGGGAGUUUUGAAUUCUAUUGAGAGCUAAACUAAAACACCCGGUCCAUCCCAGUAUUACUGAACACACUGUUUACACCAAAACUCACAAUUACACUGUCUGUUGAGCGUUUUGAUAACCAAGUUAUCGUCUUCAGAGACUUAAGGUAAACAGUCUCUGAAGACGCUAACUUGGUUAUCGAAACGCUCGACAGACAGUGUAAUUGUGGCUAUAGACUGUAAUUUAACAAACACGUAGUAAAAGCCAAAGAAAAUUUCGGUUUUACUUUGUCGAAUUUUCAUAUUUGAGAGAUCGAAGAGGUACUAAGGUAAAUCAUAUCUUGUAUUUUCGAUAUCUGAAUAUUUACCGAACUAGAUUUUUAGCUUCUAUCAUUGGUAUAAAAAUCUAGUUUUUGUUAGAAAUUCUCAAAAUUUGAUUGGUUUAGCUUGAAAUUAGGAAGUUAUUUUGAAAAAAUAAGGAACGCCAUAAUUAUUUGAGAAACGACAUGCACGAAUUUUAUAAAUUUUGAUGUUCAGGGUUUUAGUAAUAUGGUGGUAUUGUUAUGAAAAAGUCUCAUGGUUGCAUGUAAAAUUGAUGGGGUAACGAUUGAUUCAGUUUUGGAGGACUGUUUUCAAUUAUCUUAUUCUUGGCCCUUUAGUAAUUUAAAACCAUCUGCCAACUUCAGUUUAUUCAAGUCUUCCUCCCUUCCAGUAUACUCCCAGGUGUCACACCCAUGAUUCUUUAGUCUCUUGCAUUCAGGACAAAUGCAGUUACAUGUUUUAUCUUCUAAUCCAAAAAAUUUUCUCAAUUAUAUCUUAUACCCGUGAUUAAUACCGGUUAUAGAUUCCCAUUCAAUUUAAUCUGAUCCGAUGAAGAAAUUAUGGGCCCCCUUUUUCGCCAGGGAGAUGUGAAUCUACUCAGCAAUUCUUAGACACUUUCCAGAACAUGUGUUGAUUGGGGAUGUUAUACAUUUGCUUGGAUUGUAGUUCUAAUUUAUCUCUGCAGGGCUUCUAAACGACAACUGAGGGUUACAACAGAUGCUCGAAACGUUUCCAAUACAUUUUAUAACAUCCCUGAUAGGUUUUGAUUUUUAUCUGUGUAUUAAUUUUGUUGAUUUCGAGGGCAUGGCACAAUAUUGAUUCACUUGUUGCAGUUUUUCUACGACCUAAUCUUCUUCAGCAUCGGAUUUUAUAGGAACAAAAUUUAUAGAAAUUGUGUACGCCGAUAAUUGAGGUGUUAAAUUCUUGUAUUUCAUUAAUUUUUAAAAGUAACUUUUCAAGGUAAAUUAUGAAAUGUAAAACAUAUAUUGAUUUUUUAGUAUUAUUAUCGAAACUAUGUCAAUAUAUUAUAGUUACAAAAUUUGAAUAUUUUUUGUCUGUUUGGUGAAACUGUAAUCUUUUUUGAUACUUUUUUAUUGGAACCCGUUUGUUGUGUUUGUCUUUUUAUCUUAAAUGUUUUAUUUUUUAAGAUAUUUUAAGACUGUAACGAUGUCUAAUCUGAUACUAAAAGCAAUAAAUGUAUUUUCUAAUAUACAAUACGUUUGCAGGUAAUGGUUUUUGUCACUAUUAAUUGAUAAUUUAUAUUUGUUGUUUGUAAUUGCGUUAACUAAAAAAUAAAUGGACACAAG